CCACUAAAUCACGUGACAAACCACGUGAUUCCAGUUUUAAUGCUAGUAGCGACCGAGUCGCCCUGAGUGGUAUACUAUCAGCUCUUAAGCUUCAGAAUGGCGAAGGGAUUGUUCCUUGCCGUGCUCCUUGCUGUGUGUUUGGAGGCGGUGAGGUCCAGGGGCUGCUCUUCAUUCUUCUGUGGAAAAUCUCUGCGUGUGAGUGGAGGAUCUGAUGGACCAGACCCUGGAAAACCUCUCUUCCUCAGUCCAUACCUGGAACAAGGCAAGAUAGAUGAAGCUAGACAGCUGAGCUUGGUGGGCCCUCUACCUGGUGCUAAUGUAAAGAGUUACUCUGGCUAUCUCACAGUUAACAAAAGCUACAACAGUAACCUCUUCUUCUGGUUCUUUCCUGCACAGAUAAAACCAGAGAGUGCUCCUGUGCUGCUGUGGCUGCAGGGAGGCCCUGGAGGCACGUCCAUGUUCGGCCUUUUUGUGGAACAUGGGCCUUACUUUGUCUACAAGAAUCUUACAUUGGGCUACAGGGAAUUUCCCUGGACCUCCACAUACUCAGUUCUGUACAUUGACAACCCGGUGGGUACUGGAUGGAGUUUCACUGAUGAUGAUAAAGGCUUUGCCACAAACCAGGAUGAUGUUGGCAGAGAUCUGUACAAUGCACUGGUUCAGUUUUUCCAGCUUUUUAGUGAGUUUCAGCCCAAUGAGUUCUAUGCCACAGGAGAGUCCUAUGCAGGGAAGUAUGUUCCAGCGAUUGGCUACUACAUCCACAAGAAUAAUCCUUCUGCCAAAGUGAAGAUCAAUUUCAAGGGAAUGGCUAUUGGAGAUGGUCUGUGUGAUCCUGAGACAAUGUUAGGAGGCGUUGCAGAUUUUCUGUUUGAAACGGGCAUGGUGGACGAGCUGCAGAAGCAGUAUGUGAAGCAGCAGACAGAUGCUUGUGUCAGAUUCAUCCAGCAGGAGAAAUGGAUAGAAGCCUUCCAGGUUUUUGACGCAUUAAUGAAUGGAGACCUUGUUCCUUAUCCAUCAUUCUUCCAGAAUGCUACUGGAUGCACAAACUACUAUAACUAUAUGCAGUGUCAGGAGCCUGAGGAUCAGGAGUACUUUAGCAAGUUUGUUACGCUGUCCACAGUCAGAAAGUCCAUCCAUGUAGGAAACCUGACAUUUCACAGUGGCACUGAGGUGGAGAAACAUCUUCUCCAGGAUGUCAUGAAGUCCAUCAAACCCUGGCUAGGUGUCCUCAUGGACAACUACAGGGUGCUGAUGUACAGUGGGCAGCUGGAUGUGAUCGUGGCAGCUCCACUUACUGAAAGGUUCCUACCCACAGUGAACUGGACUGGGACAGAUGCGUAUAAAGAAGCUAAGCGCUUCUAUUGGAAGUUGCAGCCCAGUGACACGGAGGUAGCCGGAUAUAUCCGGCAAGUCGAACAGUUCUACCAGGUAAUUAUUAGAGGUGGGGGACAUAUUUUGCCUUACGACCAACCAGCAAGAUCCUUUGACAUGAUAGACAGGUUCCUGUCUACAAAAGGGUUUGCCUGAUGCUAUCUAUAUGACAUUAAAACAUCCUAAUCACCUGCUCUGGAUUCAUUCUUUCAGCCAUGACUGGUUAUUCAUGAACCACUAAAUGAAUCUGAACCCUCCAUUUGUGUCCUUGACCAUUUAACAAUUCUGUAAAUCAGUAUACUAAAGGGAUGUAGAUUGUUGUUCUUGUGAAUCAGUUUUUGAUUAAAAUGUUUUUUAAAAUA